UAUAAUUUUACUAUCAAUCUGAAAAAAAAAUCCGAAUUUUUGUUGAAGGAUGUUGAUUGAAAUGUAAAGUAAAAGCAUGUUGGCAGCGGUCAUAAUACGAUGCAUAGUCAGAACCUAUAGAACAGAUCUUCUUUACCGUGUGAAAAGGCGACCAGAGAAUAUUGCAGGCUAUUAAUUGGGGUAACAUUUAAUCAUGCCGUCCGAUCAAACUGUCCAACUUCUGGAGCCAGGUGAUUUCAUUAAAGACCGGUGGAAAAUCAUGAGAAAGAUUGGGGGUGGUGGGUUUGGUGAAAUUUAUGAAGCUGUAGAUACAGUAAGUGGUGAAGCUGUUGCGUUGAAAGCUGAAUCGGCAAGACAAGCUAAACAGGUUUUAAAGAUGGAGGUUGCUGUGUUGAAGGCGUUGCAAGGGAAGGAACAUGUUUGUAGAUUCAUCGCCUGUGGAAGGAAUGAACGGUUUAAUUAUGUUAUCAUGUCACUGGUGGGCCGCAACUUGGCUGAGUUACGUCGCAGCCAACCACGAGGGAUGUUUAGUAUUAGCACAACGUUAAGGUUGGGGCAACAAAUAUUGGUUGGGAUACGGAACAUUCACUGUGUUGGAUUCUUACAUAGGGACAUCAAGCCCUCCAACUUUGCAAUGGGGCGUACUUCGGCAACUUGUCGUACUGUGUAUAUGUUAGACUUUGGUUUAGCUCGACAGUAUACAAAUGCUGUGGGGGAAAUAAGACAGGCUCGACCAAUAGCAGGCUUUCGUGGAACUGUUCGUUACGCUUCAGUUAACGCACAUCGUAAUCGUGAGAUGGGUUGCCAUGACGACUUGUGGUCGUUGUUGUAUAUGCUGGUGGAGUUCGUUAACGGGCAGUUGCCGUGGAGGAAAAUUAAAAAUAAAGAACAGGUUGGGAUCAUGAAGGAGCGAUAUGAUGAGAAAAUGUUGCUGAAGCAUAUGCCGCAUGAACUAAUGGAGUUAUACAACCAUAUAUCGACACUACAGUAUUAUGAUAAACCAGAUUAUGAGUUUGUCCACCAACUAUUUGAGCAAGCCAUAGCGAGGAAGAACAUUCAUCCGUCCGAUCCCUUUGAUUGGGAGCGAGGGUGUGGGGAGGGAUCGGUUACUACGACAACAACAUCCACACCUCCACGUGGGGAUCGACAAACUGCUGGACCGGCAGGGAUGGAAGUUGUAUCAGGAGUUGCAGAAGCUGCCAACACGGACCACGAGUUGAAUGUAGCUGGCAACCUUCUGUAUGAACUCGAAACUUCUGCAAAGAAAAGUCCGAUGUUUAUUCAUGAAAUACCCUCACUUGGUGGCAGUAACGAGUCAAGUCCUCGACGGAAACUUCCGGUGCCUCAAAUUCCAUCGUUACCACCAUGCGUUGAGGAAAGACAAGUUGAAGUAAUUGACCGGGCAAUACAAAACAAUAUAAUAUCUGCAGAUAACCCUCCCCUUGUGAAAUUGGUUCCACCAACCAACAAAGCCAUCAACGCAACCUCCGGGCAUCUUUAUGAUGAGGAAGAAGGGAAAGAACGAUCCGAUCCUUUAAAUAAAGAGGUUGCAGCAUCAGAUAUCAACGCACAUGAUGCACAAAACGCACAUAAUGCACAACAUGUACCUGGUGUAGAAGAUGUACACAACGCAUAUGAACAAGAUGCACAAAAUGACCUUAAUGCGCAAGACGCCCCACAUAAUAACUUACCCAAAGACCUAGAUGACAACAACUUUCACCCUGGUUUAAACAAAGAUGAAACAGCAGUUAACCAACCUGUCAAUCAAGAUGACGAUAACCAAGAAUUAAACAAAAACUUGAACAAUCAUCUAGAAGCAGUUGAAUUACAACAAGUAGACAAUGUAAUUACAGGAAAUGAACCACCACAUAUACUCGCCAAGCAUCGUGCAUUCAAACCAUCACAUGAUAAUAAUGAUUUAAUUGAUGAUGUGUUUGGCGUUCGUGAGCGUUUUGUCCGCACCAAGCCCAACCUUGCCCACAGUUCAACUGGUAGUACACCUAGUAUCCUGGCAUCAGAUAUAAGCAAUGGGUAUGCAGCUGAAGCAAGCGCGUCGGAAGCUAAUAAAGUCAUCGGAUCACCGGAUCUAUUUUCAUCGCCAAGAUUGAGUGAUUCCCACUUGGGCCACCACAAGCGACACGCGAUCCCGUUAUCCAAGCGAAUGUUACAACGUGCAUUUGCUGCCGACCAAUCAGAUUCCAGCGAUUCACCCGCUAUUUUAAAACGUCUCGAAGAAAAAUCGAAUCUUCCGCGAAAAAUUUUCACGUCCCCUGAUAGGAAGAGUUCAUCGGAGAUCGCAUCGGUUGGUAAAGAUGGUUUUCUCUCAUCUGUAUCGAGUCAAUCCAAACAUGCAGGAAACCCGGAGGAAUUCUUGCACGAAGAGUUUGCGGCCGCUGCCUCAAGGGUCGGGGUUAAUGUGGAAAAACUCACACUUAUUGGCGCAAGGGAGGUCAAUGAGGAAGCACCUAAAGUCACCAAUAUGAGUGAAAAAGUAAACCCAGCUCCAAGUAUUGAAUCCUCUCCAAUAAAAAGUCGGAUACCGAUUCGGAUAUCAACCCCCACCCCCACCACUACAAACACUACACGCGGUGUGGUUACUUCACAAACCAAACAAGAAACUUCUGUUAAAUCUUCGAAAACCAAAGUAGAUUCGAAUAAAAGUGAAAACACGAAGUUGAUCCCACGACCUCCUGCCAAUAAACGACCGGUUGCCAGUGUGGUGCAAGCUGCAAGGCGACGACGUUAUAAACCUAUAGAUAUACAGAACAAGGAAACAGAUUUAAGAAGAUUUGUUACAAACGAUAGGAGUUUGUUGAAACAACGCGCUAAAAAUACUGUGGAAUCCGACACAGUAAGUGGAGCGAGUAGUAAGGACGCCUCGAGUCGGUGUAAAAAGAAAAUUAACUCCAAGCAAACUAUAAAUAAUCUGUCGAGGAAAAGUUUAUCAAAAGUUAAAGAUUUAUCUCAAAAUGGGACGAAAAAUAAAAGCAACAUUAGAAAUUCAUAUCCUAACGUUUUAAAGUUGUCGAAAAAUUCCUCGAAACCAAAUAUUUAAAAUUAGUCGUUUUCUAUCAGUGUUAUAAUACAAGUUCUGUGAAACUUAUUUAUUUUAUGAAAGUUUUCUUUCCUAAAUAUUUGUGCAAUCUUGUAUUGUGGUAUUACACCUACAGUAACGUCAUAUAUCUGUUUUACAAGUUCGCAUGCAUCAGUAAGGCAUGCUACUAUAUUAUUAUUUUUGUGUUUUAUUUGCCAAAAAGGUUGAAAAAUUAUUAUUAUCCUUAUAAAGUUACUUUUAAUCAAACCAAAACUUGUCAACCCCUGAAUCACCAUUUGAUUUGGUUGGAUCGUCUACUACAGUGGUUCACAAACCCUUUUGACCGUUAUUGUAAAGUUAAGUGAUUUUAUUAAAUGCUUACAAAAGUUAUGUAAAUGAAGUUUCGGAAAUUGGGUCGCCAAAGUUUAUUAAUUUAUGUUUAAUAUUUUGGUUAUACCAAAAAGUUUUAAAAACUUUUAAAUUCAGUAUUUGAGUCAACUUUAAAUAAUAUGAUUGUGAACUUUUAUUCAAGUUUUAUACAAAUCUCUAAAAUUGCUUCUGAAAUUUUUAUUUUUUUGUGAUCUUUAAAAUAGUUUCUGAAACUUAUCUUAUUUUUGCCACGUUUUUUUUUUUGUAGUCCUUAAAGAAUUCUGAAAUUGCUUGGUGCUAUUGUGGAAUAUGUGCUACAAGAAAAGGCGCAAACAUUCCUUAUUUGCACUAUUUUAUUCCACAGAGCUUUAUUUUUUAUUUAUUUUUUUAUAUUUGCUGAUGCUAAACGUUUUGUGAUUUUUUAUUCUUUUAAAUUAUUUGUGAAAUGCUGCUAUGGUAUGUGCGUCAUUACAAUUUAUAUUGGGGUUAAAUACAUGAUACUUAAGUACACAACAAAA